AUGGUGUUGUUUGAGGUUGAAAACGAUGAUAUUCUUGUUGAUUAUAAGAAGAAAGCAGUGUCACCUGAAGUUACUAUCCCAAAAAUUUCUUUGGCCCCUAAUACCAAUGAGGAAAUGGCAGAGUGCCACUUAAUCUGGAGUGGGCCCUAUAAGCAUGACAAAGUGGCAGCUAUUCUGCAGAUUGAUCAGUCAUUUCAGAUUCAUCGUAGUUAUGGAAGCAUGAUUGAAGGCGAGGCUGAUGAACUCAAGAGGGUGUUUUUGGAAGGAAAUCCCUACCUCCUGGGCAUCACGAUGGUUGUUUCAUUACUUCAUUCCGUGUUCGACUUUUUGGCAUUCAAAAAUGACAUCCAAUUUUGGAACAAAAAUAAAUCAAUGGAAGGAUUAUCUGCAAAGUCUGUUGUUGUAAGCUUUAUAAGUCAACUGAUUGUCUUCCUCUAUCUGCUUGACAAUGAUACUUCGUGGAUGAUACUCGUAAGCUCUGGAAUUGGUUGCUGCAUUGAAUUUUGGAAAAUAGGGAAAGCCAUGCACAUAGAGAUUGAUAGAAGUGGAAAGAUACCCAUGUUGAGAUUCCGAGAUCGCGAGUCAUAUGCAAGGAACAAGACUAAGGAAUAUGAUGAUAUUGCAAUGAAAUACUUGUCCUAUGUGCUCUUCUUCCUUGUUGCAUGCUCUUCUGCUUAUUCACUCAUGUAUGAACGCCAUAGGAGCUGGUAUUCAUGGAUACUCUCUUCGCUCACAAGCUGUGUUUACAUGUUUGUUUCUGCAUCUACUUAUAAGCCUUCCAUCAAAUUGCAAAU